AUGCAAUACUUCCUUGUCACCGCUGCUCUCGCUGCUCUGGCCCGGUUGGCCAUCACACAGACCAUUGACCCCAACUCAGUACCUCUGUCAACAAGACAAUCGUGGUGCGACUCACAGAUCGCUCAAUGUCCUCUGAUUUGUCUGCAAGAGGCCGACAAUUCUGCAGCCACCUACGAUAAUUCCUGUGACCCUGUUGCCCUCACUUAUUCUUGCAUAUGCUCCAGCGGACUCUCUCCCAACGCCUCCGAAUACUCCCAAACCCUCCCCUAUUAUAUCUGCACAGAGUACAACACCCAAUGUCAACAGGCUUGCGGUACCGACAAUAGCUGUGCAGCAGCAUGCGUACAAAAUCAUCCGUGUGGAGCACUCAACCCAACAAGAGUAAAUACAAGCACAAUCACAACAAUGCCUUCCACUACAUCGGCCGUGGGGUCUGCGGCUUCUACUGCCUCUGACGGGGUUGUAUACACUGGCUUUGGAGGUGGCUCGUCUGCUACGACAACUGCUGCUUCAGAUGGAAACAGCGGAUCUGGUAGCUCUGCUGCAUCAAGGCUGGUGAUCAACAUUGGACAGGUCUAUGGUCUUGGUGUCAUUGCAGCUGGCAUCUUUGUCGGCUUCAGCUGCAUGCUCUGA